GAAGCAGAAGGGGCAGGGAUCUCUCCGUUCCCAGCCAAGUGGCCUGAUCGAUGGCCCCCCGACUUGAUUACGAUGUUUGAUUUAUUAGAAAUGCCCCUCGUCGGUGUGGCCGGCGCGUACACACACACACACACACACACGCACACACGCACACACGCACGGCUCUGGCUCGCGUCCCUCCCUGUUUCCAGCUCCUGGGCGAAUCCCACAUCUGUUUCAACUCUCCGCCGAGGGCGAGCAGGAGCGAGUGUGUGUCGGUCGUGAGUGAAGAGGGAGCAGAAACCGUCCGCAGAGCACUUCAGCCUCGCCCCGGGAGGGUCGCGGGGACCCUCUGAGAUGGCCCCUCCCCGCCUGCUGCUCUGCCUGCUGUCCGCCACCGUCCUGCCGCUCCUGGACGGCAGCGCCGCCUUCCUGUCCCCCCACCGCCUGAAGGGCCGGUUCCAGAGGGACCGCAGGAACAUCCGCCCCAACAUCAUCCUGGUGCUGACCGACGACCAGGACGUGGAGCUGGGCUCCAUGCAGGUGAUGAACAAGACCCGGCGCCUCAUGGAGCAGGGCGGCGCGCACUUCGUCAACGCCUUCGUGACGACGCCCAUGUGCUGCCCGUCGCGCUCCUCCAUCCUCACGGGCAAGUACGUGCACAACCACAACACCUACACCAACAACGAGAACUGCUCCUCGCCCUCCUGGCAGGCGCAGCACGAGGGCCGCACCUUCGCCGUGUACCUCAACAGCACGGGCUACCGGACAGCUUUCUUCGGGAAGUACCUCAAUGAGUACAACGGCUCCUACGUGCCGCCCGGCUGGAAGGAGUGGGUCGGACUCCUUAAAAAUUCCCGCUUUUAUAACUACACACUGUGCCGCAAUGGGGUGAAGGAGAAGCACGGCUUCGACUACUCCAAGGAUUACCUCACAGACCUCAUCACCAACGACAGCGUGAGCUUCUUCCGCACGUCCAAGAAGAUGUACCCACACAGGCCGGUGCUAAUGGUCAUCAGCCACGCAGCCCCCCACGGCCCUGAGGACUCGGCCCCCCAGUACUCACGCCUCUUCCCCAACGCGUCCCAGCACAUCACGCCGAGCUACAACUACGCACCCAACCCAGACAAGCACUGGAUCAUGCGCUACACGGGGCCCAUGAAGCCCAUCCACAUGGAGUUCACCAACAUGCUGCAGCGCAAACGCCUCCAGACCCUCAUGUCUGUGGACGACUCCAUGGAGACGAUCUACAACAUGCUCGUGGAGACGGGCGAGCUGGACAACACCUACAUCCUGUACACCGCUGACCAUGGCUACCACAUCGGCCAGUUCGGCCUGGUCAAGGGGAAGUCCAUGCCGUACGAGUUUGAUAUCAGGGUCCCGUUCUACGUGAGAGGCCCCAAUGUGGAAGCUGGCUCCCUGAACCCUCACAUUGUCCUCAACAUUGACCUGGCCCCCACCAUCCUGGAUAUCGCUGGCCUGGACAUCCCCACGGACAUGGAUGGGAAGUCCAUCCUCAAGUUGCUGGACACAGAACGGCCAGUGAAUCGGUUUCACUUGAAAAAGAAGAUGAGGGUCUGGCGGGACUCCUUCCUGGUGGAGAGGGGGAAACUGCUGCACAAGAGGGAAAGCGGCAAGGUGGAUGCCCAGGAGGAGAACUUCCUGCCCAAGUAUCAGCGCGUGAAGGACCUGUGUCAGCGCGCGGAGUACCAGACGGCCUGUGAGCAGCUGGGGCAGAAAUGGCAGUGUGUGGAGGACGCCUCGGGGAAGCUGAAGCUACACAAGUGCAAGGGCCCGGUGCGGCCUGGUGGCAGCGGCAGAGCCCUCUCCAACCUCGUCCCUAAGUACUACGGGCAGGGCAGCGAGGCCUGCACCUGUGACAGCAGGGACUACAAGCUGAGCCUGGCAGGACGAAGGAAAAAGCUCUUCAAGAAGAAGUACAAAGCCAGCUAUACCCGUAACCGCUCCAUCCGCUCCGUGGCCAUUGAGGUAGAUGGCGAGGUGUACCAUGUAGGCCUGGAGGACGCGGCCCCCCAGCCCCGCAACCUUACCAAACGGCACUGGCCAGGAGCCCCUGAGGACCAAGACGACAAGGACAGUGGAGGCUUCAGUGGCACUGGAGGCCUUCCUGACUUCUCAGCUCCCAACCCCAUCAAAGUGACCCAUCGGUGCUACAUACUAGAGAAUGACACAGUCCAGUGUGACCUGGACCUGUACAAGUCCCUGCAGGCCUGGAAAGACCACAAGCUGCACAUAGACCACGAGAUUGAAACCCUGCAGAACAAAAUUAAGAACCUGAGGGAAGUCCGAGGCCACCUGAAGAAAAAGCGCCCAGAAGAAUGCGACUGCCACAAAAUCAGCUACCACGCGCAGCAGAGAGGCCGCCUCAAGCACAAGGGCUCCAGCCUGCAUCCUUUCAGGAAGGGUCUGCAGGAGAAGGACAAGGUGUGGCUGUUGCGGGAACAGAAGCGCAAGAAGAAGCUCCGCAAGCUGCUCAAGCGACUGCAGAACAACGACACGUGCAGCAUGCCAGGCCUCACAUGCUUCACCCACGACAACCAGCACUGGCAGACGGCACCUCUCUGGACACUGGGGCCCUUCUGCGCCUGCACCAGUGCCAACAAUAACACAUACUGGUGCAUGAGGACGAUCAACGAGACCCACAACUUCCUCUUCUGUGAAUUUGCAACGGGCUUCCUGGAGUACUUUGACCUCAACACAGACCCUUACCAGCUGAUGAACGCGGUGAACACACUGGACAGAGACGUCCUCAACCAGCUGCACGUGCAGCUCAUGGAGCUGAGGAGCUGCAAGGGUUCCAAACAGUGCAACCCCAGGACGCGGAACAUGGACCUGGGACUUAAAGAUGGAGGAAGCUUUGAGCAAUACAGGCAGUUUCAGCGUCGAAAAUGGCCAGAAAUGAAGAGACCUUCUUCCAAAUCACUGGGACAACUGUGGGAAGGCUGGGAAGGUUAAGAAGCAACAGAGAUGGACCUCCCAAAACCAAGAGGCCUCGCCUGAUCGUACAGGCCAUGAAAGAAAACGUGUGGUGAGCCAGGAGUCCUGAGAACACCUACUUUCCAUCAACAUGGCAAAUUCUGGGGGAAAACCGUCAGGAACAGAGAACUUCAGGAAGUCCACUUUGCCCCUGCUUUGCUUUGGAUUAUACCUCACCAGCUGCACAAAAUGCAUUUUCAUAUCAAAAGGUCACCACUAACCCUGAGAGUCUCACAGGGAAAAAAGAACCAAGAGAUUUUCGUGGAAACUUUCCCCAAGGGUGAAAGUCACUGGAAUUUUUUUAAAUCAUAGGGGAAAAAACAACCCUGUUUUAAACCCUCUUUUUCUCUUAGUUCAUUACAAAGAAACUAAGCAGGACAGGGACAACUUACAGAUGCUGAAAACAGCACACAGAGUUUGACAGUGAGUCAAUAGCACAAAAAAAGUGACAUUUACCUAGCUUGAUAACCCUGGUUGCCUCUGAAGAAACUGCCUUCAUUGUAUAUAUGUGACUCUCUACAUGUAACCAACAAGGGAACGUUUAGGGGAAUCUAAUAAGAAAUCGCAAUUUUCGAGAGUGGUGGUGUCAAUAAACGCUCUGUGGCCAGUGUGAAAGAAAACUCCCUUGCAGUUGUGGACAUUUCUCUUCCUGCCCAUUCUGCCCAGAAUUGCUUUGUUAUAUCUAUCCCAGAACUGAUAUUUUUUAAGGUACUAAAAAGAAAUGAAGUUCAUGUAUGUCCCAGAUUUUAACAACACUGUAUUUGUAAGAAAUUUUGUAGUGUAAGUAUUGUCUUACUAUGUUCAAAAUCCUAGUCAAUGACUAGUCAUUGGUAUGAAGAAACCACUGACAUUUUUGUAAAAAGCUA